AUGAAACGAGCACGAGCAAACGCCAUAGCCGACGACAAGGCACGACCGCAAGGUCUCAACCUUGAUUGUGACGGUCACAAAGAUGGCAUGGACAUAGAUCCUCUACGAAUCAACCCAACCUACAAUGCGCAACUCACGCCUCCGCCUUCCCCAGAACAGGAUAUGCGCCCUUCAAAGUUCCGGCGCCAUGGAUCAAAAAUCCUUUCCGUCUUACGCUCGAUGGCAAACAGUGGUCCGUUUUGUGCCAAUUUCCAAAUUUCUUCUUUCAAUACUAACAAGACAUUUCUAGCUUCGCAUGUCUCUAUUGCCGAGAACCACACUGAAGAGGAAGUUGAUUGCAAGUCAAUUAGCUCUGGUACUCCCGUUGGUCAAAGUCUUGCGUUAGGAAAGAAAAUCUCCAUGGCUUUCUCGAAAUCACAAUUCGAACCAACGGUAGUCCAUCGCGCACAAUACUCUAGACCAAUUAUCCUGUCGCAAGAAAAGGAGAACUCAGAGAAGGGGUCACUUCAAAAUUCUCCAGAUAGCUCGCCCUCAACAUCGGCCGGGAGCAAUGGAAAGUCCUCGUCCCCUGGUGGCUGCCAAUCAACCCCAAAGACGUCACUUGAUUCGAAGUUCUCUAAGGGAGCACCUACAUCUUCCCAACACUCGUCGGAGAACAAAAGAGUAGUUUCAAAGCAAGUGACUACAGAAGGAGGAUCUAAUGAGAAGGUUCUGAGCUCUAUUGCUGAAACAGAGGUUACGGAAGACCCCCCUGUUCAAUGUCCUAGUAGGCCAUUCCACACAAAAGAAAUCCUUCGAUAUAACUGACACUGAGAUAGCAAUCGUCACAGUCGAAAAAGCUUCUGCUGCAAAGGUCUUUCUAGAAUGCCACUAUAAUGAGUUGACCUCUUCUGCUUUGUCUGGCAGAUCUUUACGUCGCCGACAACUCGAAUAUCAUUUGUAUGAUGAUGAGGUCUCUUCUGAGAUUCAAAAGAACCUCACACGUCGUGCUUUGCACCAAAUGGAGAGUGAUCAUCUCCGAGAGACCCGGGUCAUGAAAGCUCGAGGCAUCAAAGCUUUACAAGGAGAAGACGUUUUUAGUUCAAAGUAUGAAGUCGUGAAGAUUCUUGGUAAAGGCAGCUUUGGAGUCGUUCGUCUUGUUCGAGAGAAGUCUGAUCAAGAGUAAGCUCUCACAUCCUUUCACUUGGACUUUGAAGCUGAUAAUUGCAGUUUGCCAUCUGGCUCAACUCAGAGGAAGGAGAUAUUCGCGAUGAAAGUUAUCCGAAAGUCAGACAUGCUUCGAAAUAGCCAAGAAGGCCAUCUCCGAGCUGAGCGCGAUUUCCUCGUUGCUGCUGAAGGAUCCAGAUGGUGAGUGAUGAAAGAUAUUAUUGAGUUUGUUUGAGCAUCUUGCUAAUUGUUGUAGGAUCGUGCCGCUCAUAGCCAGCUUUCAGGAUCUUCAAAACUUGUACCUUGUCAUGGAUUAUAUGCCAGGUGGUGAUUUCUUGGGCUUGCUCAUCCGCGAUAAUAUACUAUCGGAGCCUGUCACUAGAUGGUAUGUCGCCGAGAUGAUCCUUUGCAUUGAAGAGGCACAUGCACUUCGUUGGAUUCAUCGUGAUAUCAAACCCGACAACUUUCUCAUAUCAGCCUCAGGGCAUCUCAAGAUAUCUGAUUUUGGUCUUGCUUUCGAUGGGCACUGGUCCCAUGAUCAAUCGUACUUUAACAACCACAGAUACUCCUUGUUGACUAAACUCGGCAUCGAAGUAGAAGGGGACUCUAUUGAUAAAAAAGAAGGUCGAAGUAUUGCCGCAGCUAUGAAGAUGGCUCACGUUAUUAUGGGUGGCAAAGAACGUCACGAAAGGAAUUCUUCAAACUACUCGGAAACCGAAGGCAUUCUCAACUGGCGAAACCGCAAUGGGAAUAGAACUUUGGCACGUUCUGUUGUCGGAACUAGUCAAUACAUGGCCCCUGAGGUAGUCAGAGGCGAGUUGUAUGAUGCACGUUGCGAUUGGUGGAGUGUAGCAGUGAUUAUAUAUGAGGUGAGCAUGCGAAUUUAUGAAGGAGACUCAGGGUAUUUCUAAUAUUUUCGCCAGUGUCUCUAUGGUCACACUCCCUUCUUGGCCGAAGAGGGAGGUCGGCAACAGACAAAGAUGAACAUUCUCGUAAGUCCAAAAAUUGUCUGCGAUCGCUGACUAUCCAACCUGACAAUUGAGUAGAACCAUAAAAAUACCUUCGCAUUCCCAAACAAGCCGAUUGUAAGCAAGAGAUGCCAGGAUCUCAUAAGAAGCAUAAUCCAGGAGAAAGACCACCGAGUUUGCUCUAAACGAUAUAAGCACAACGAUCAAUCCCCGUCAUCAAACAACAGAGAUUACGCUGGCCGGUAUGUGUACGCCAACGAUGCGGAAGAUAUCAAAAGCCACAAGUGGUUCAGAGACAUACAAUGGGAUCGCUUGCACACAAUGGUACCACCGUUUGUGCCGAAUAUCAAAUCAUUGGAUGACACCCAUUAUUUCGAUGAGGAAGAGCCAAUUUCCGAUUUUUCGGAAUCCAUCCAGGGCCCUCAACCGACGUCGGAAGAAGCAAAUGAGGCUCUGAAGCAAUUCAAUCGAGAAAUCCAGAUCUUGGCUCUUAGCUUUAUCGAGCGUCCCCAUGACUCAGCAAGACUUAGAAAGGUCGAGAAGGAAAUUGACAACUUUGUCAUGUCCGAUGAACAAAAGGAGUACUUGAAGGCUUUUGUAAAGCAUUAUGGACGAAAAGAAAAGAAGAGGCCAAGGGACAGAUUGUUGCGCGAUCGAGAUACCGCGCCUACGGUUCUUGAAUUGAGGAAAAGAGGUGCAUUUUUGGGGUACACCUAUCGUCGGUUCAGAGGUGGAAGGCAACAGGGUGGUAGAGCAGUGAGCCAUGGGGUUCCUGGUAGUAGUGCUGGGAAGAAGGUGUGGUAUAGAGCGAGGUUGAGUAUUCAUUGA